CAGCCCCAAGGUGACUGAAGAAUAUGGGGGCGCACCUUGCCAGGAGAUACUGGGGUGAACCCGAACCGGACCCCAAUAACAUGCCUGCUAGCCCUGAGGCGGGGGUCCUACCAGAAAGAGUUAUGGUGGCAUCUCAGGAGCAGAUGAACCUGGCACAAGUGCCCCUGGAGCAGAGGGAUUAUUGUGCUCAUCACCUCAUUGAGCUGAUGAAAUGCAAAAGGGACAUGUGGCCCAAUUUCCUGGCCUGCAAACAUGAGCGCCACGAGUGGGACCUGUGCCAGCAUGAAGAUUAUGUUCAACGCAUGAAACAAUACGAACGUGAGAGGAGACUCCUGGUGCAACAGAUAAAAGCGGAACAAGUGGAGGCAGCAUAAUUGCGCUCUCUUUUUCAUUAGUUAUUUGAACGUCUAACUUAAAGAAAUAAACUUUAUUCCUGAGCUUUGUUAGUAUUA